UUUUCAGCACAGCUCAAACUAAUUCCUGUUUUUCUCUUUAGGAAUUAUAACUCUCAUGUAAUUGAAGCUUUUUAUCUUUUCCCCCAAUUUUGAGGGUAUUGAUCUACAUUUGAGGAGAAUAGGUUCUUUGGUCUGACUCAGGAGAGUUCUGGUUCUCACUGGCUGUCUAUGGACUGGAGUGACAUUUUCAUCUUGAGCAAGAAUCAUUACUGGUGCUUAGAAACAAUUCAGCCAUUUUUCUUAUUUUUUUUUUAAUCUUUUCUAUGUAACUCAGGUGAAAUGGACAGUGGAAUACAGUAAGCUUCAAAUUGGCAAGAAAACUUUUCCACAGGGAGGUAACAGGAACUUCAGGUUCAACCUUGCACAUGAAGUUGAUGGACGGAGGAAAUCACUCAGCGGUGUCUGAAUUUGUGUUGCUGGGACUCACCAGUUCUUGGGAGCUUCAGAUUCUCCUUUUUGUGUUCUUCACAAUAUUUUAUGUAGCAAGUAUGCUGGGAAACCUUCUCAUUGUGCUCACCAUCAUCUCAGACCAUCAUUUACACUCCCCAAUGUACUUCUUGCUGGCAAAUCUCUCCUUCAUCGAUACGGGUGUGUCCAGCAUCGCCACUCCAAAGAUGAUUUAUGACCUGUUCAGAAAGCAUAAAGCCAUCUCCUUGAAAGGGUGCAUCACACAGAUAUUCUUCAUUCACACUGUGGGAGGGACAGAGAUGGUGCUACUCAUUGUCAUGGCCUAUGACCGAUACGUGGCUAUCUGCAAGCCCCUCCAUUACCUGACCAUCAUGAGCCUAAGAAUGUGCAUUUCUCUUCUGACUGUGGCUUGGACCAUUGGACUUAUCCACUCUGUAGUCCAACUGGCUUUUGUUAUAAACUUGCCCUUUUGUGGAAGCAACAAAAUGGAUAGCUUUUACUGUGAUUUUCCUCGGUUUAUCAAACUUGCAUGUACAGAUACAUACAGACUGGAGUUUCUGGUCACUGCCAACAGUGGUUUCAUCUCCAUGGGCACCUUCUUCAUCUUGAUUGUGUCUUAUAUCUCCAUCCUGGUCACGGUUCGUAAACACUCCUCAGGAGGUUCCUGCAAGGCCCUCUCCACUCUCUCAGCUCACAUCACCGUGGUGGUUUUUUUCUUUGGUCCUUGCAUCAUAGUUUAUGUGUGGCCAUUCCCUACCUUACCCAUAGAUAAAUUUUUAGCUAUCUUUGAUGCCAUUAUUACUCCUUUUAUGAAUCCUGUCAUCUAUACAUUUAGAAAUAAGGAGAUGAAAGUGGCAAUGAGAAAACUCUUUGUUAAGGCUUUAACGAGUUUUAGGAAAAGUUCUUUCAUGCACAGUUCAGGAAAUUCAGAUUAAUAUUGACUGUUCUGGGAAAUUAAUCUCUUUAGUUAAAUAUUUCACAAGUUUUUUUCAUUUUAGUUCAGUUUUCAAUAUCCAGUAUGAAAUGCCUCCUCACAGACUCUAUUUUGAUGUGGUAAGUUUUUCCUAGGGAAAUGUUAUUCUGAGAAUUCUGCAAAUAUUGAAGAGAGAAUUGGGAGGAGCUCAGAGAUAAAACAUGACCUCGUGUGCAUGAGGCCCUGGGUUCCAUCCCAGCACCAUGAAAAGAGAAAAAUAUGUCUACACUGGGGAGGAGUGAAUUCAGCCUUGGAAUAUUGAAUUUGUUACUGGAGGUUGUGUCUGUUAUUGAAGACUUUGGGAUGGUCACGGCUGAAAUCUCACAUACUAGAUGCAUUUCCACUGAUACUAACGUUGGCUUUUCUUCUCUUUGAUGCUGACUCUGAAAGACAUCUCUCUUUCAAUCCACAUGUGUAACUAUAUUUAUGCCCUCUGAGCAGAAUUCUCAAUGUCCACACACGGAGAAGAAUAAACUAAAUUAAGAUAAUUGCCUAGAUAGCUUUGAGAAUUGGAGGCUUUUGUCAUCUAAAUUUUUUACCCACACUCAGAUCAAGUUAAUACUAAGGUUUUAGAUUUAGUUAAAAUUGAAAGAUGAAAUUUAAUGUAAAUCGUAGAGAUAACUGAGGAAACUUUAAUACUAUUAAUGAAUAUUAAAUCAAUUUUUUAGGCCAGAAGAUGUAAAUUUCCAUAUCAUUCAAUGUAUAUGAUAAUUAUAAUUUAUCCUGGUUAUUUUCUAAACAACAAUUUAUUUUUAUAAGGCAAAAAAACCAUAUCUGAUUAUUAAAUGAUUGUAAAUGUCUUGAAUAUUUUGGAACUAAAAGAAGAGAAACUGAUUUAUAAAUAAAAAAGCAAAAAAUUUAAUUUAUGUGAAUAAGGUUUAUAACUAAAUAAAAAAUAAAGUGUAGAAAC